ACUCUCCCGAACGAGGAAAAAGGCGGCAAAGGGUUAUAACUUUGGACGGGGAUUCAAUUGACAAUGCAUUGGAUCAACUGCUCGACGAAGAGAAAGCCUUUUUCAAGUUCCUCGAUUCUCAGCUAUCAAUGGUUGAUACGUUCUACCGAGCAAUGGCAACGACAUUUAACACAAUAGAAAAGGAGCUUCAGGCGGUGACGAAACUCAAGGUCCUCAAACAGCAGAUCUUUGUGGCGGAAGAAUGGAAGCGUCGCCAUCAAGAAAAAAUCGCAAAGCAAGAAGCAGAUCGAGGAUGGUACCAAAUCGAGUGGUCAAAGGUCAGGCAUGGCCUUGGAAACCUAGUCAAUAAUUCAUCGGCCACUGAACAAGUUGUCAUCGGCCCUGUUCAACAAUCACUAAAUGAAAACGGGAGGAGGCAACGCCAAUGUCACAAUAGACAUUCAACUGACGCGACAGCAUUGAGCUUAAGCAGAGAAAACAGUACGAACCAAGAACAGGAUCUACAGCAAAGAGGGAAUUGGGAACCUGGAGACGACUCGCAAAGAUUUUCAUCCAUGGAUACGACUGCAUAUCAUAAUCAGCUUGUCGUGGAGGAUGAAGAGAAUCGUCGCCAACACUUGAGCCAUAAAGUCGCGAGGACGAGGAUCAAAGCGGCCCUGUACGAAUUCUACCGCAGUCUCGAAAUGCUCAAAAACUACACGAUCUUAAAUAAUACGGGAUUUGUGAAAAUUAUGAAAAAGUACGACAAGGUCGCUGGAUGGAAGGCUUCAAAGGCAUUUAUCGCCUCGAAACUGCGACCGAUAUACUUUAUGACCUCCACUACUCUCGAUGACAUGAUGACAGAGACCGAGGAUCUUUUUAUUUAUAAGUUUGAGAAUGGUCAUCGCCGGCGCGCUAUGGCAAAGUUGCGGAUUCCAGAUCACAAGAACCAGGGUUGGCAUCUAUCUAGGCGUGGCGAUACCAUUGCUGAUCCUGGGAGUCGAAGGAGCCUUUAACAAAGACACGCAGGCCAGGAUCCUGUAUUGGGACAAGUUAUUACUCGUGUAUGCAGGGUUGUUCUUGACGAUCCUUUUUGCAUGCCUUUUCGGUAUCAACAUGUACGUGUGGAAAAAGUCGAGGAUCAACUAUAAGUUUAUCUUUGAGUUUGACCCCCGCGACAAUCUAGACUACCACGAGUUUUUUGAGCUGCCAGUAUUUUUCAUGCUGAUCCUUUGCCUC